CAUUUUGUUUACCUUACAGUAAACACUUACAUAAUUAUAGCUUAGUUUAUUAUUUUUUUUUUCGAAGCUAAAGUUGUGUUUUGUGUAGAAUAAACUUCGUAGAUAAGAAAACCCAUUGUUCUUAAAAUUAUUUUUAAAAUGCCAUCCGAUCCACCACCAGUUUAUGUCCAAACACCUGGCUACAGCCAACCGAUUCCAGCUCAAUAUUAUGGAGGACAACCUGGUGGAUAUAAUCCCAAUGGAACUCAAGCUUCUUGUGUGGUAAUAACACAACAACCGAUUGUGACAACACAAUAUGCACCUGUUGGACAAACUCAAUCCAGAGUUAAUUGUCCAUCUUGUCAUGCUGACGUUUUGACAAAUGUCAGAUAUGAACCAAAUACGCAAACCCAUUUGAUUGCUCUAUGUCUAUUUUGUUUCAUUUGCUGGCCUUGUGUUUGUUUGCCAUACUGCAUGGAUUCUUGUCAAAAUGCCAAUCACUACUGUCCAAACUGCAAUGCUUUUAUUGGAACAUAUCAAAGUUAAACAUUCAAUUUAUGCAAAACGAAAAACUACAUAUAUAAAUAAUGUCAAUUAUAUAAAUAUUUUUUAUAUUAUUUAAAAACGAAAACCUGUUAAUUUCCUUAAAAACAUUACUUAAAAAUGUUCAAAUACAUGUAAUUAAUAAUCAAAAACUUUUUUGCACUAUUUAUCAUAAAACUUUAAAACAAUUAUAUAAAUAAACUUUGAUUGUAAAAUA